AUGCCAAAUGUAGAUUUUGCUGCUUGUGUAUCAAACUAUUGGUUUGUUUGGUCAAUUAAUGGUCUUGGUUCUAUUUUUGGGAUGGCUGUAAAUAUGGCUGUAUCGUUUUUUUUUCUUAAAUAUUUUCUUAAUACUCCAUCAAUGCCGAACACACCAAGUUCUCCGUCUAAAAAUACUCGUGGCCCGUCAGCAAAAUUGAAUUCAUCAAGAGUCUAA